ACGCGACUUAUCUUACCAGGUAAAUAUUAGUCGGUUUAAGAAUCAAACUCACUUAUAUGAACUGAGAGCGUGACACAACAGUGAAUAAAUCGUAUACUUCUUUAAAUUUUCCACUUCUUUCUGUAAAUUUCCUUAUCGGCUUUGAGGGAAAUGGAAGCAAAUAAUUACAAAGAAGAAAUAGAAAAUAUAAUCAAAACGUAUGGUGGUGACUCGUUUAACCAUCAUAAAAUAACAAAAAUUAGCCAUACUUUGGUGUUCUACGUGAAUGGUAAAGAAGUGAGAGACAGCAAUGUGGAACCAGAGUGGACAUUGUUAUAUUACCUACGAAAUAAACUUCAACUGUAUGGUACAAAAUUAGGUUGUGCUGAAGGAGGAUGUGGCGCAUGUACUGUUAUGAUUUCAAGAUACGAUCGAAAAAAAGAUAAAAUUAUUCAUGUGGCGGCAAAUGCGUGCUUAACACCUGUAUGUGCCAUGCAUGGCAUGGCUGUAACAACCAUCGAAGGUAUAGGUAGCAUUAGAACGAAACUUCAUCCUGUACAAGAAAGGAUAGCUAAAGCUCAUGGUUCCCAGUGUGGUUUUUGUACUCCUGGAAUUGUUAUGUCUAUGUAUGCUUUAUUGCGAACAAAAAACUUACCAUCUCUAGAGGACAUAGAAAUUGCAUUUCAAGGAAAUCUAUGUAGAUGCACUGGAUAUCGAGCUAUCAUAGAAGGAUACAAAACAUUUACCGAAGAUUGGGAACAAUCGAGAAUAUCUAAUUCAGAAGGAACAGAAAAAACAUGUGCUAUGGGUGAUGCAUGUUGUAAGAAAGUUUUUACAUCCGAACCAAUAGAUCUUUUUAGUGCUAAGGAUUUUCUACCAUAUGACUCAUCUCAAGAACCUAUAUUUCCACCGAAAUUACAACUUUCAUCGGAAUUGGAUGACGAAUAUCUAAUUUUAAAAGGAAAGGAAGUAACAUGGUAUAGACCAAUAAAUUUGAGGGAAAUCCUAGCGCUGAAACAACAAUAUCCAAAUUCGAAAAUUAUUGUUGGAAAUAGUGAAGUUGGUGUUGAAGUUAAAUUCAAACAUUUUGUAUACCCUACCCUUAUCCAACCUGUUAAAAUAAAAGAAUUGCGCGACAUUGUACAAUUCGAUAACUCAAUUAGAAUUGGCGCUAGUGUGACACUUAUAGAGAUGGAAGAAGCUUUACGUUAUGAAAUAAAAAACAAUUCAGAAUCAAAAACGAGAAUUUUCGAAUCAAUUGUUGGAAUGCUUAAUUGGUUUGCAGGGAAACAAAUUCGUAACGUAGCUGCAAUCGGCGGAAAUAUUAUGACUGGAAGUCCAAUUUCUGACAUGAAUCCCAUUUUAAUGGCAGCAGGAAUAAAGUUGAACGUUUGUAGCCUAGAAAGAGGAUUCCGACAUAUAAUAAUGGACCACUCAUUUUUCGUUGGAUAUCGACGCAAUAUUAUUGCAUCAGACGAAAUAUUACUGUCUAUUGAAAUUCCGUAUUCUACUCCAGAUCAAUAUUUUGUAUCUUACAAACAAUCCAAAAGGCGAGAUGAUGAUAUAGCAAUUGUCAAUAUGGCAUUAAAUGUAUUUUUCAAACCGGGUACCAGUGUAGUUAAGAAAGCCUUUAUGGCUUUUGGAGGUAUGGCAGCCACAACAAUUUUAGCUAAGAAAGCUUGCGAAGCCAUGAUAGGAAAAAGAUGGAAUGAAAAUUUAGUCGAAAAUGUAACAGAUUUAUUAAUUCAGGAAUUGCCAUUAUCCGGAGAUGCACCUGGUGGUAUGGUUUUAUACCGACGCUCUCUUACAUUAAGUUUAUUUUUCAAAGGAUUUGUUAAUAUUGCCGAGAGAUUACUUAAAGAUUCUCGAGAUGUAGAUCCUGUACCUGCAGAACUUAAAAGCGCUGGAGAAGGUUUCCAUUUCCAACCACCUCGUAGUUCUCAGUAUUAUCAAGUGGUUCCAAAAGAUCAAAGCUCUAUCGAUUUGAUUGGGCGUCCUAUUGUUCACAUAAAUGCUUUCAAACAGGCAACCGGAGAAGCUGUAUACACUGACGACAUACCACGAAUCAGAGGAGAAUUAUACAUGGCUUUGGUUCUUUCGACGAAAACUCAUGCUAAUAUUUUAAAUAUUGACCCUUCCCAAGCUUUAUCCCUUGAUGGAGUUGAAGGAUUCAUUAGUGCUAAAGAUAUUUCAGAGAGUCAAAACCUUAUUGGACAUAAAGUUAUCGACGAAGAAGUGUUUGCUUCAAAAAAAGUUAUUAGCCAAGGACAGACAAUUGGCGCAAUUGUAGCGAAAGAUCAGAUUACAGCUCAAAAAGCUGCCAAAUUGGUCAAAAUUGAUUACGAAGAGGUUCAACCAAUUAUAAUUACGAUUGAGGAUGCUAUAAAAGCUCAAUCUUUCUUCAAAAAACCAACGAUUAUCUGUAAUGGGGAUAUAGAUAAAGCAUUUUCGAAAUCAGAUCAUGUUAUUGAAGGUGAAAUAAGAAUGGGUGGUCAAGAACAUUUUUAUCUUGAAACACAAGCUUGUUUAGUGAAUUUUCGAGAAGAAGGAGAAUUGGAAAUAUUUUCAUCAACACAAAAUCCCACAGCAAUACAAAAACUUGCUGCACGAGUUCUCAAUUUACCAAUGAAUAGGAUUACUGUUCGAGUAAAACGCUUAGGAGGUGGCUUUGGUGGUAAAGAAACGCGCGAAGCACUCAUUGCUUUGCCAGCAGCUUUGGCAGCGUACAAAUUCAAAAGACCAGUGAGGUGUAUGUUGGAUCGCGAUGAAGACAUGAUGAUAACUGGUACAAGACAUCCUUUCCUUACAAAGUAUAAAGUUGGUUUCACUAAAGAAGGAAAGAUUACGGCAGCAGAAGCUAGUUUAUUCGCUAACUGUGGGUACUCAACAGAUCUAUCACCAGCGGUUGUAGAAUGCGCAAUAGUUUACUUUAUGAAUGGAUAUCAAGUACCCGUAGCCAAAGUUUCUGGAUAUAUGUGCAAAACCAAUUUACCUUCGAGCACAGCUUUUAGAGGUUUUGGUGGACCACAAGGAAUGUUUUGUGCUGAAAAUAUUGUACGACAUAUAGCAGACUUCCUCUGCAAAGAUCAUGUUGAGAUUUCAGAAAUGAACUUGUAUAAAGACGGAGACAUCACUUUUUACAACCAACCGCUUGAACAUUAUAAUUUAAGAAAAUGUUGGGAAGAAUGUCUAUUUUCAGCCAAUUAUAAAGAAAGGAAGGAAACAAUUGCUCAAUUCAAUAAAGAACAUAGAUAUAAAAAACGUGGAAUUGCUGUAGUACCAGUAAUGUUUGGUAUAGGCUACGAAGUAGAUUUUCUUAAUCAAGGUGGUGCACUUGUUCACGUUUAUACCGAUGGUUCCGUUCUUCUGAAUCAUGGUGGUGUCGAAAUGGGACAAGGUUUAUAUACAAAAAUGAUUCAGGUGGCUACUAGAAUUUUAAAAGUGGCUCCAGAAAAAAUACAUACAGUAGAAACGUCAACUGAUAAAGUUCCAAAUACCUUAGCAACAGCUGCAAGUCUUGGUUCUGAUCUCAAUGGAGCUGCGGUACAGGAUGCUUGUAUUAAACUUAUGGAACGUCUUAAAUAUAUAAUUGAUGAAAAUCCCGAAGGGGUAUGGGAAGAUUGGAUAAAGAGAGCUUACUUUGAUAGAGUUAGUCUAUCAGCAACAGGUUAUUAUAAAACUCCAGAGAUAGGAUAUGACUUUGAAACUAAUUGUGGAAGAAGAAUGAAUUAUUACACAUAUGGCACGGCAUGCACAGAAAUCGAAUUAGAUUGUUUAACUGGAGAUCAUGAGGUACUAAAAACUGAUAUCGUUAUGGACCUCGGUCAAAGUUUGAAUCCGGCGAUUGAUAUUGGACAAAUUGAAGGAGGAUUUAUGCAAGGUUAUGGAUUGUUCACAAUCGAAGAAAUGGUAUACUCGCCCAAUGGAAUUGUAUUUAGUCGUGGUCCAGGAGUUUAUAAGAUACCAAGUUUCACCAAUAUACCAAGAGAAUUCAACGUAUCUUUACUCAAAGGUUCUUCCAAUCCUCGAGCAGUUUUUUCGUCAAAGGCUGUUGGUGAACCUCCAUUAUUUUUGGCAUCGUCCGUAUUUUUUGCAAUUAAAGAAGCUAUUCGAGCAGCUCGAAAGGACAUGGGAAUUACUGGAUUUUUUAGACUUGAUUCCCCUGCAACUGCAGCUCGAAUUCGAAUGGCUUGCGUAGAUAGUCUCAUUAAAAAAGUUGGCGACGGAGAUGGAAAGAAGGCAUGGAAUAUUAUUCCUUAGUAUAAUAAAAUAUUAAUUUAUAGUGUUAUUUUAGUUUUUUUUAAUUUUUAAAUUACACAUUUUUGAUUUUAAUAACGAACUUAUUAAAAUAUUUUUUAAAUAAUGUAUUUUGACUGUUCAUAAACAACAUACAAAAACUUGUUUACAUGAUAUUUUUUUAUGACAUUCGUUAAAAUGUUACUAUUGUUCAACUAAAUAAUUUUUGUGAUCCACUACUUCGUAUUAUCUACCGAAGUAAAAAAAUACCUUGAAUGAUUGAAAAAUUAA